UCUUCAUGAAUUUAAGAAUAUUACAAGAUGGUUUGAUCAUCUCAACCUUAUGGAUUCUUUUUCAAAAGCUGUUAAAACUGUAACAAAUGACACCAAUGCUAAUGUUUUUAAGGAAUCUUUGCUAACAAGUUUUAAACAUCUGCAUUUCCAAACAAAGUAUUUAUGUGAUAAUGAAGUUAUUUCAGUUUCAAAUCAGGAUGAAGAAGAAAAGGUUAAAAUAACUGAAGAAGAAAAGGAAAAGGCAUAUAACUAUUGGCUAGAAGGCGUUAAAUGUAUUCCUGCUGUAAAACCACUUAUUGAUCCAAUUUUGCCUGUAAAAGGAGAAAAAAAUAUUCUUGUUACAAGUGCUCUCCCUUAUGUCAAUAAUGUUCCUCAUCUUGGUAAUAUUAUUGGUGCAGUAUUGAGUGCAGAUGUAUUUGCUAGGUAUUGUCGAUUACAACAAUAUAAUACUUUAUAUAUUUGUGGUACUGAUGAAUAUGGCACUGCUACAGAAACUAAAGCUUUAGAAGAAGGUGUAACACCAAGAGAAAUCUGUGAUAAAUAUUUUAGAUUACAUUCAGAGAUUUAUAGCUGGUUUAAUAUUUCCUUUAAUUACUUUGGGAGAACAACAACAGAAUGGCAAACAAAGAUUGCUCAAGAAAUAUUUUGGAAACUGCAUGAAAAAGAAUAUCUCAUAGAUGAUAAAAUGGAACAGUUAUUUUGUCAACAAUGUCAAAGGUUUUUAGCUGAUAGAUUUGUAGAAGGCAUUUGUCCUUUUUGUUCAUAUGAAGAUGCUAGAGGUGACCAGUGUGAUAAAUGCAGUAAAUUAAUUAAUGCUGCAGAAUUGAAGAGUCCUCAAUGUAAAGUGUGUAAAGCAACUCCAACUAUGAGAACAUCAAAUCAUUUGUUUCUCAAUUUGCCUAAGUUAGAACCACUUCUUAAAGAUUGGUUGGAUAAUUCCACAAAAUGUGGAGAGUGGAGUCAAACAGCAAAAGUUAUAUGCAAUUCUUGGCUUAAAGAUGGACUUAAACCAAGAUGUAUUACUCGAGAUUUAAAAUGGGGAACACCAGUACCAUUAGAAGAAUAUAAAAACAAAGUAUUUUAUGUUUGGUAUGAUGCUCCUAUUGGUUAUCCAUCAAUCACAGCAAACUACACAGAAAAAUGGGAAGAGUGGUGGAAACAACCAAAUGAUGUUCAGUUAUAUCAGUUUAUGGCAAAAGAUAAUGUUCCAUUUCAUGGCAUAAUUUUUCCAUCAUGUCUGCUAGGAACUGGUGAUCCAUAUACUAAAGUUAAUCAUUUAGCUGCUGUUGAAUAUUUGAAUUAUGAAGAUACAAAGUUUUCUAAAAGCCGAGGAAUUGGUGUUUUUGGAAAUGAUGCAAAAGAAACAAAUAUUCCACCAGAUAUUUGGAGAUUUUAUUUACUUUAUAUUAGACCAGAAGGGCAGGACACAUCAUUUAAUUGGGUAGAUCUGAUGACCAAAAACAAUUCUGAACUUCUUAAUAAUUUGGGAAAUUUUAUUAAUAGAGCACUGACAUUUCUCACAAAAAAUUUUGACAAUUCUAUUCCUGAUAUGAAUCUUGUAGAACAAGACAAAAUACUUAUAGCAGAAAUAAACAAAGAAUUACAUCAAUACAUUAAUCUAAUGGAAAAAAUUAAACUUCGUGAUGGCAUUCGUCCAAUUUUGACAAUCAGUCGUCUUGGCAAUCAAAAUAUUCAAGCAAACAAACCAUGGGAAUUAAUUAAAGGAACAGAAGAACAAAAAAAGAGAGCAGGAACUGUUAUGGGUUUAUCGGCAAAUAUUGCUUGUCUUCUUGCCAAUAUGUUGCAGCCAUACAUGCCAGAUACUAGUGAUAUUUUGCGUAAACAAUUGAAUAUGCCUUCAAAUUGUGCAGUAUUAAGUUCUUUUUUUACGUGCUUUCUUCCACCAGGACACAAGUUGGGAACAAACUUUCCACUGUUCAAAAAAAUAGAACAGAGCCAAAUAGAAGAGCUAAAAAAGAAAUAUUCUGGUAAACAAACAACCCCAGAGCGAAAGAUUAUCAUAAAUAAGGAUAAUAUUAAUAUUUCAAAUAUGGAAAACAAUGAUAAAAUAGGAGAUCCUCAAGAAAUUGCAAGAUACACAAAUUUAGUAGCUCAACAGGGUGAUAAAGUCAGACAAUUAAAACUUCAAAAAGCAGAAAAAGACCUAAUUGAUAAAGAGAUAGCAUUACUUCUAGAACUUAAAAAACAACUAUCAAUUAUUAACAAACAAGAUUCAUUAAAUAUUGGAACAGUCAGUCAGAAGAACAAGAAAAAAGGAAAAUGAUUGUGUAAAAUUAGUGAGUGAAAUAUUUAUAUUGAAAUUAAAUUAAAUAAAUUUCAGUUCUGAAACUGUUGUUUU